AUGUCGAUUACUAUAGCUUUUUUCAAUCUUGGAUUAAAUCACUUUGAUGAAGUUAAUGGAAUAUUAUCUGUAUCAGGUGGCUUGGAUAUUUCAUGGUUUGACAAUUCUUUGAAAUGGAACCCAAAGGACUACAAUGGCAUAUCAGAAAUGUUGGUUUCUAAAUCAGUUAUAUGGUUUCCACAUGUAACACUAAUGACAGACGCACAACAACUUCAACCAUUCGGUGCCAAUAGUUUAUUCAAAAUACUGAUUCGUCACGAUGGAUUUAUAUAUUGGACACCUGCAGACAUAAUUAAUUCUAAAUGUGCAGCUAAUAUAAGAAAAUUUCCCUAUGAUGAACAAGAAUGCUCAGUUCUAUUUAUGGCAUGGGAUAUUACGUGGAAAACUCAUCUUCAACCAGCAUCAAUUCCCUACAAUGACUAUUAUGAAAACAAGCACCCAGACUGGAAUAUAAAAAGUGUUAUUUCGAGGCAGGGAAAAAUUUUUGGUAAUACUUCUCAUGAAUUUGUUUUUAAAAUAAAGCGGGAACCACUAUACUAUAACAUAUUGGUAUUUUUACCCGUGGCUCUACUUUCAAUACUAAAUCCGCUAGUGUUUUUACUUCCACACGAAUGUGGCGAAAGAAUUUGCUAUGGAAUAACAAUACUCUUAUCGUUUGUUAUCUUCUUGACCCUAGUCUCUGACAAGAUUCCUGCCACAUCAAAUCCUAUAUCAUUUAUGAUCGUAUUUAUCAUUAUGGUUUUCGUAGCAAGUGCUGUCAUAACAUUCAUGAAUAUCAUUAACGCAUAUUUAUUUUAUAAAAGCGACUAUGAAUUAAAAGGAUUUUUUAAGCACAUGUAUGUUAUAUUUAAGAAACGGAGAAAAAAUCAAGUAAUUCCAGAAGAAAAAUGUAGAAUUUACUAUAAAGACAUAGCCAUAGGUUUAGAUAGAUUUUGUUUUGUACUAUCCUAUAUUGCAAUGUUAACUUUCAUCACAGUGUAUUUUAUUGUACUACAGUACUGAGAUUUAUAGGCUGUGAACU